AUGCUUCCGGAGCACUACAAUGCGCAGAACGAUCUACCUGGAGGAGGGUUCCUCAAACGCAUGAUCUUUAGAGUCACCAUCAUGUUCAUCGCGUUAACAACUUUGUGCGUCUUUCUGCGUUUAUGGGCCAAGCUACGGACCGGAAAGCGGAAACUUGCUGUCGACGAUUACUCUAUACUCACAGCUUGGUUCUUCUUCAUACUGCUGAGUUGCCUGGCGAUGAGUGUUGCCUUACUUGAACACCACAACCCAAUUCUCACGUUACCAGUAGCAGACAAGUUUCUGUUGCGACUCACACUCGGCGAAGUGGCGUUCAUGCUCUCGACCAUAUUUCUGAAGAUCUCCCUCAUGCUCUUCUAUCGUCAGUUUGUCUGGAAACAAUGGCAACGUCGAGCGAUCAUUGCUGCAGGAGCCUGCUCGAUCGUGUUGUCUCUCAUUGCGCUCUUCUUGUCGCUUCUCCAAUGCGGCUCGCUGUCGCAUAUUGCCCAACGACAGAUUAAUGGCCAGUGUGUUCGACGCAACAGAUUCGUGCCUCUUCUCUAUCUCCAUGGAGCCACCGGUGCCGUCACAGAUUGGGCCUUUGCACUUUUGCCAGUGACAGUACUUAUCAAAUCAUCAUUGAAGCCUCAUAUCAAGCUUUCGGUCUGCAUCCUGCUCAUUCUGGGUGUCACUGGUAGUGUGGCUGCUUGUUUUCGUACUGCUUACGUCUAUGGUGUGUGGUUUCAGGCAGCCUUCCUGGACCCUAACUACCACACCUCUUUCUAUGAUCACUCGGCUCCGGAGAUUGUACUGGCUCUGACGGAACUCGGUUUUGGCAUUUCGGCCGCAAGUCUAGCCUGUUUACAGCCUCUCCUUCGACACUUUGUGCACAAGAUGCGUAAUUGGAUCCACAGAUGGUUCUCGGACAAAUCUGACAACAAGACUGGCGCCGUGCGAUCACACAUGGGAUUGUUACCUCACGUCGGGUUGCGGAGACAAACCGGUGCAGAGCCAAACUCGAAAGAAGUACAAGUUCAGGCAUGCGAGAUGCCACAUCUAGAUUUUCCGCCACAUCCAGCAAUUCGCAGACACGGUAUUGCGGAUGGAGGUGCUGCCAGCGACCAUCGACGCAAGGCUUCAUUGCCCGCCGCACCUGACAGCGUCGUUGAAGCGUCGUAUCGGCACGAACGCCGUAAGCCUGUUCGCCAACGUAGGCCUAGUCUAGUAAUCGGCGUGCUACCUACGAUUGCGACAGAGACUGGCGCUGAGGAAGACGACUAUGGUCCGAGUCGCGCCGUGGCGGACACGCCAAUGCGGGACGCAUACAAAGUUGACGAGAUGAAGCAUAGUUCAGGCGUCGACUCUUAG